UGCCUUCUGUCGCUGGGGAAAUACAAAUGAAUAAAAGAAUACAUAAUAAUCCAAACACGCAGGUAAAAGGAGUUUUGUGCCAUUUAAUCGAGAGACCAAGGAUACCCAACAGUAUGCGGUGCAGGUAUGGCAGGCAAGGGUAAGACAGUGGUGAGGACGCUGGAGGAUUUAACGCUUGACUCUGGUUAUGGUGGAGCCGCGGACUCGGUCAGGUCGUCCAGCGUGUCGCUCUGCUGCUCCGACGCGCAUCAGUCCAUCUCGCAUGGAGGCAACUGCUGGCAUCUGACCGAAUCCAUGCACAGCCGACAGAACAGCCUGGACACCGUCAACACCGUCCUGGCGGAGGACACGGACAUACUGGAGUGCUCGGGUCAGUGCGUAAAGCUCACCGAGCUGGAGGACGUGCCAUGGAGCCUGGGAGAGGUGGAGGGCGCACUGAGGAGAGACGAGGAGCUGAUGGUUGGAGACCCUCCGCCGGAGGUCUUGGCGAGGCUCUCUGCUCUCAUCGGCCGUGCUCUGGUCCGGGUGGCACGGGAGGCACAGCGGCUCAGUCUGCGCUAUGCCAGGUGCACCAAGCACGAGAUCCAGAGCGCCAUCAAGGUGGUGCUCUCCUGGACCAUCUCGGUGAACUGCAUCGCUGCGGCUCUCGGCGCGUUGUCCUUGUAUAACAUGAGCACCGGGGACAAGUUCAGCAGGGGCAAGUCUGCUCGCUGCGGGCUGGUCUUCUCUGUGGGGAAGUUCUUCAGGUGGAUGGUGGACAGUCGGGUGGCCCUCAGGAUCCACGAGCAUGCUGCCAUAUACCUCACUGCCUGCGUGGAGAGCCUGUUCAGAGAGGUGUUCAGCCGGGUGCUGCGCAGCGCGCUGGUGGAGAGGGACAACGGGGUGCCCAAGUUCACCCUGGAGUCUCUGGAGCAAGCCAUCAACAGCGACUCCGAGAUCUGGGGUCUGCUGCAGCCCUACCAGCACCUCAUCUGUGGGAAGAACUCAAGUGGUGUGCUGAGUCUGCCAGAGAGUUUGAACCUGCACCGGGACCAGCAGCGCUCGGGGCGGGGGGGCGAGGGUCAGGCCUACACACAGGCCGAGCUCCGCACGCUGGAGCAGUCGCUGCUCGCCACCCGGGUGGGCAGCAUCGCAGAGCUGAGUGAUCUUGUGUCCCGGGCCAUGCACCACCUCCAGCCCCUGCACAUCAAGAACCCCAGCAAUGGGACUCCGGUCCACCAGAAGACCACCAACACCACCACCACGGUGCACUGGGAGCCCGAGGCCCUCUACACCCUGUGUUACUUCAUGCACUGCCCACAGAUGGAGUGGGAGAACCCCAACGUGGAGCCCUCCAAGGUCACCUUACAGACUGAGAGGCCGUUCCUUGUACUGCCUCCUCUGAUGGAGUGGAUCCGGGUGGCAGUGGCUCACACUGAGCAUCGACGAAGCUUCUCUGUGGACAGCGACGACGUGAGGCAGGCCGCCAGGCUGCUGCUCCCCGGUGUGGACUGUGAACCCCGACAAAUAAAGGCGGAGGAUUGUUUCUGUGCCACCAGGAAGCUGGACGCCGCCUCCACGGAGGCCAAGUUCCUGCAGGAUCUGGGCUUCAGGAUGCUCAACUGUGGACGGACGGACCUCGUCAAGCAGGCGGUGAACCUGCUGGGGCCGGAUGGCAUCAACAGCAUGAGCGAACAGGGAAUGACUCCUCUCAUGUACGCCUGCGUGCGCGGUGACGAGGCCAUGGUUCAGAUGCUGCUCGACGCCGGAGCCGACAUCAACAGCGAGGUGCCAAGCACAGUAAACAAGCACCCCUCAGUUUAUCCUGAAACGCGCCAUGGGACGCCACUCACUUUCGCCGUGUUACACGGACAAGUGCCGGUCGUGCAGUUGUUGCUGGAUAACAGAGCGAAUGUGGAGGGCGCCCUGCAGGAUGGGGCGGAGAACUACACGGAGACCCCUCUUCAGCUGGCCUCCGCUGCAGGUAACUUUGAGCUGGUGAGUUUGCUUCUGGAGAGAGGAGCCGACCCGAUGAUCGGGACCAUGUGUCGAAACGGCAUCUCCUCUGCACCGCUGGGAGACAUGAACUCAUUCAGCCUGGCAGCAGCACACGGACACAGGAACGUGUUUCGGAAGCUCCUGUCCCAGUCGGAGCAGGAGAAGGGCGACGUUCUGUCCCUGGAGGAGAUCCUGGCCGAGAGUUCGGAUCCCUCGGAGAAGAGGCUGGCGCCGCAGGCCAACGGCGGAGGGACGCUGCGAACAGGAAAGGCCAAACUGAGGGCCCUGAGAGAGGCCAUGUACCAUAGCGCAGAGCACGGCCAUGUGGACAUCACCAUAGACAUCCGCAGCUUAGGCGUUCCCUGGACGCUGCACACCUGGCUCGAGUCCCUGCGUACCUGCUUCAUGCAGCACCGCCGGCCGCUGAUCCAGGGCCUGCUCAAGGACUUCAGCUGCAUCCAGGAGGACGAGUACACGGAGGAGCUCAUCACGCACGGCCUGCCGCUCAUGUUCCAGAUCCUCCGAACCAGCAAGAACGAGGUGAUAAGCCAGCAGCUGUCGGUCAUCUUCACGCAGUGCUACGGGCCCUUCCCCAUCCCUAAGCUGACGGAGAUCAAGAAGAAGCAGACCUCACGCUUAGACCCACACUUCCUUAACAACAAGGACAUGUCUGACGUUACUUUCCUGGUAGAGGGGAAACCGUUUUAUGCACAUAAAGUUUUGCUGUUUACAGCUUCACCCAGGUUCAAGUCACUUUUGAUGAACCGACCAGCUGCAGAGAACACCUGCAUUGAGAUCAGCCAUGUCAAGUACAAUAUUUUCCAUCUGGUCAUGCAGUAUCUGUACUGCGGAGGCACCGAGUCUCUGCACAUACGCAACACUGAAGUCAUGGAGCUCCUGUCUGCAGCCAAAUUCUUCCAACUAGAGGCCCUUCAGAGACACUGUGAGAUCAUCUGCUCCAAGAACAUCACCACGGAAACCUGCGUGGACCUCUACAAACACGCCAAGUUCCUCGGUGCGGCGGAGCUCACGGCGUUCAUCGAGGGCUACUUCCUGAAGAACAUGGUGCUGCUGAUCGAACUCGACGGCUUCAAGCAGCUGCUGUACGAACCCGCUCCACCCGAGAGCCCCGCCUCCAGCCCCGGCAUCUGCUCCGACAUCCUCCUGGACCUGGAGAAGACUCUGGCCACACGCAUCCACUCCAUCCACCUCUCCACCUCCAAGGGCUCCGUGGUGUGA